AAUGCUAUCUUAUCCUGGAUAACAUUUUCGACCACCUACUUCCCAGUUUAUGCUCCCCCUCCGGCCGGUGACACAAACCGGGAAAAUACCCCAAAAUUAGAAAAUAAAUAAAAAAAAUGGCAUUCUCAGCGUCUUUAUGGUCUUCCCUUUUUGUUCCAAAUCCAAACAGAACCAACUGUUUCCCUAGAUUCUCUCUCGCCAAUCAAAAACCACUCAAACUACCACUAUCAACAGCAUUCGUCAUUCCGCCACUAUCAACCGCAACCGCCGAAGUUUCCGGCGCCAUCGACGGAACCACCAUCGCGGUUAUAAGCGGGGGUUCAGUGGCGGCCCUCGCGGCCGUGCUAUCCCUGGCGGACCCCGAGAGGCGGCGGCGGGAACAGGCGGAGGAGGUGGGCGGGGACGACAAGGAGGUGGUGAAGGAGUACUUCAACAACUCCGGGUUCGAGAGGUGGAAGAAGAUUUACGGCGACACGGACGAAGUGAACCGGGUUCAGCGAGACAUUAGGGUGGGACAUUCCAAGACCGUGGAGAGCACGCUUCAGAUGUUGAAAGACGAAGGUUCGCUUGAGGGUGUAACGGUUUGUGACGCUGGUUGCGGCACGGGUUCUCUCUCUAUUCCCCUCGCCAAAGAAGGUGCCGUUGUAACCGCCAGUGAUAUCUCAGCUGCUAUGGUUGCUGAAGCUGAGAAACAGGCAAAAGAACAACUUGAAGCAAGUGAAGAUGGUCUGUCACGUGCACCAAUGAUGCCAAAGUUUGUAGUGAAGGAUUUGGAGAGGUUGGAUGGAAAAUAUGACACGGUGGUGUGCCUUGAUGUUUUGAUUCAUUACCCACAAAAUAAGGCUGAUGGGAUGAUUGCCCAUCUUGCAUCAUUGGCCAACAACCGAUUGGUUAUGAGUUUUGCACCAAAGACAUUUUAUUAUGAUCUGCUAAAGAGGGUUGGAGAGUUGUUCCCUGGACCUUCAAAGGCAACAAGGGCAUAUCUUCACUCUGAGGCCGAUGUAGAGAGGGCACUUCGCAAGGUUGGUUGGACCAUAAGGAAAAGAGGCUUAAUCACUACUCAAUUUUACUUUGCUAAGCUUAUUGAGGCUGUUCCUAUGUAAGUUUUGGAUAAUAUUAGUUCUUUUGUUUAGAGGAAAUUCCUAUUGUACAUUUUUUAAGGCCUUUUUUUCCUGCUUAUUAUGUAUGCUAUGAUUCUCUUCAUAUAAUUCUAUACGCGACCUCAAUUUCUCUUCAUAUA